CGGACGUUGAAAGUUUAUGUGUAGAAGAAAAACAUCUUUAGUCGGAAAGUUGCAUAUUUCCCUUCCUUAUUUUGUAACUUUAUUGGUUUGGUGAAGAUACUGAUGUUGAGAAGUUCAUAGAGCUAUAUUGGUUUUGAAACACACAAGAUGAUGAUGAUGGUGAUACUUGCAGUCGUCAUCGUAUUAUUGGCAUUUAUAUCACUGCGCAUAGGAUACACCCUUUACGUCAUGAAUUGCUGCAGCGAAAAAACUAUGUAUGUGCAAAGGUCCAUCAAGUCACUUAUAGUAUUGGGGUCAGGAGGUCAUACUGGAGAAAUGCUCAAAAUCAUUCGUGCGCUGGACACACACCGCUACAGCCCGAGAGUGUAUGUGGUUGCUGCAACGGACACUGUUAGUCUGAGACGGUUGCAAGAUAUGGAGAAAGAGUUUAAGGAAAGAGCCAAAGGACCUGAUGAAGAGAACCAAUAUGUAGUUGAGGUUGUGCCAAGAUCACGUGAAGUGGGUCAGUCGUGGCUGUCAAGUGUUUUCACAACAGCUUGGGCCUUUGUCUUCAGCAUGUUUAUUGUUUUUCGCCAUCGGCCAUCACUCCUACUCACCAAUGGGCCAGGAACAUGUGUCCCAAUUUGCAUUGCAGCUUUCUUGAUGAGAGUUUUAUGCCUGUGUCAGAUUCAUAUUGUCUUCAUAGAGAGUCUGUGCCGUGUGCUGUCUCUCUCCCUCUCAGGCAAGAUUCUUUAUAGGGUUGUUGACGAUUUCUUUGUACAGUGGCCACAGCUUAAGGCAAAGUAUCCAAGGUCUAUAUACAUGGGUCGUUUGGUGUAAGUUCAGGAUUCUUAGUGAGUACAUGAUUUACUCAUGAGAUUUAGGUUUUGAGAAUCUAACUAAGUGCCUUGCUAAUUGUAUUUUUGUUUCACUGAUCUCAUAGAAUAUAUAUAAUCUAGAGCAA